CAUAAAAUAAAGAAUAAAAGAUGGCUUCCCAUAGAAAACUGAUAAUGCUUGUGAUACUAUCGUUGCUCAUGAAAGUAGCAUUAUCUCAAAACGGUGUAGUGAUGGCGACGUUAUCAUAAUGCCAGAAGCAAGAGACCGAACCGAGAGGCCUGUGGAUUAUCCGGCUAUAUUUGUCAACAGACGCAGUAACGGUGUGUUACUUGACGAGCCAGAUUCACGGCUUAGUUUAAUUGAAUCUCCGUUGAAUCCAGAAACUGGGUCAAUUGGACGAGGAUCUUUGGUUGGAACAGGCGGGAUUGUGAGAGGCAAUUUCAGUUCAUGGAGGCCUGGUAAUGGCAGAGGUGGUCACAGUCCAUUUAGAUUGGCACAGGGAAGAGAGAAUAAUAUGCCCAUGGUACCUGCUAGGCGUGGAAGAGGUCGUAGUUCGUUGCCUUCAUGGUAUCCAAGAACACCUCUACGUGAUAUAACUCAUAUUAUGCGGGCUAUUGACAGAAGAAGAGGAGCUGGGAUGGGAGGAGACGAUGGCCGAGAUAUUGAGAUCCCAACUCAUCAACAAGUUGGUGUUCUUGAAUCUCCAGUACCACUGUCAGGAGAACAUAAAUGCUCAAUUGUGACUCCUGGUCCAUCUGUGGGAUUCAAGCGUAGUUGCCCACCAUCAACUGCUAAAGUCCAUAAGAUGUUGCUUGACAUCACGAAAGAGAUAGCUGAGGAAGAAGCAGGCUUCAUCACACCCGAGAAGAAGCUACUCAAUUCUAUUGACAAAGUUGAGAAAAUUGUGAUGGCCGAAAUCCAGAAAUUGAAGAGCACUCCUCAUGCUAAAAGGGAAGAGCGGGAGAAGAGAGUACGGACGUUAAUGUCAAUGCGAUGAUCCACAUUUAGGAGGAGAGACCAGAGAGGUAUCUGCUUAAAGGUGCCUGCACAGUGAGUACAUCAUCUUCUUAUGAUAUCACAGAUGGAUCUAUAGGUCAUCCUCUGAUGACAUAUCUUCACAAGUUCGGUGAUUUCUUAGACUUGUAUCAUUUUCUGAUGAUUUUACUAGAAGCGUCAAUCAUCUUUUGAC